UGAGGAGAUGGAUCAUAUUUGGUUAUGAUGCUAUCCAUCUGCAAAUCUCUUGUCUUUCCUUGCUUACUUCCUUCGCUUAGUCACGAACAGCAUCAUCAGCAUGCGUCCCAUCAAAUUGUUUAUGUUGGUUUUGUUGAUUCUUUCUCUUCACUCUCAGUCUUUCUCAAAACAACAUCCCACUAUCGACCGUCUGCUUCUAAAUUUGGAUUCCCUACGACCAACUCCGUCUGUACAAGUAUCAGCAGCAAAGGGUUUAUUGCAGAGACUGAUUCCCACCCAUUUUCACAGCUUUGAUUUCUCAAUUAUCUCAAAGGAUGUUUGUGGUGGCAGCAGUUGCUUUCUAAUUGAAAACUACGAUGGCCCGAGACGAAUUGGACCUGAAAUUGUGAUUAAAGGCACAACUGGAGUUGAGAUUGCUUCUGGGCUCCACUGGUAUUUGAAGUACAAAUGUAAUGCUCAUGUUUCUUGGGACAAAACUGGUGGUAUCCAGAUUGCCUCUGUUCCACACCCUGGACAUCUACCUCGUCUAGAUUCUAAACGCAUCUUGAUUCGCCGUCCUGUCCCUUGGAACUAUUACCAAAAUGUUGUUACAUCUAGCUAUUCAUAUGUUUGGUGGGGAUGGGAGAGAUGGGAGAGAGAGAUUGACUGGAUGGCAUUGCAAGGAAUUAACUUGCCUUUAGCAUUCACUGGGCAAGAAGCUAUUUGGCAAAAGGUUUUCAAGAGGUUCAAUAUCACCAAAGAGGAUCUGGAUGAUUAUUUUGGUGGACCAGCAUUUCUUGCUUGGGCUCGCAUGGGAAAUCUUCACGCGUGGGGUGGUCCAUUAUCAGAAAACUGGUUAGGUGAUCAGUUGCUUUUGCAGAAACAGCUACUUUCUCGGAUGCUUGAGCUUGGCAUGACUCCAGUACUUCCAUCAUUCUCAGGCAAUGUUCCAUCAGCUUUGAGAAAGAUAUAUCCUGCGGCAAAUAUAGCUCGGCUUGAUGACUGGAACACGGUGGAUGGAGAUUCUCGCUGGUGCUGCACUUACCUUCUGAAUCCUUCUGAUCCUCUCUUCAUCGACAUUGGAGAGGCCUUUAUUAAACAACAAAUUGAAGAGUAUGGAGAUAUUACAAACAUUUAUAACUGUGAUACAUUUAAUGAGAAUACUCCUCCCACAAAUGAACCUGAAUAUAUAUCUUCACUAGGAUCUGCAGUGUACAAAGCUAUGUCCAAAGGAAACAAGAAUGCUGUAUGGUUGAUGCAAGGUUGGCUUUUUAGUUCAGACUCAAAAUUCUGGAAGCCGCCCCAGAUGAAAGCGCUCUUACAUUCAGUUCCCUUUGGCAAAAUGAUAGUUCUUGAUCUAUUUGCUGAUGUCAAACCGAUAUGGAACACGUCUGCCCAAUUUUAUGCAACUCCUUAUAUCUGGUGCAUGCUUCACAAUUUUGGAGGCAACAUUGAAAUGUAUGGUACUCUUGAUACACUUUGGUGAGCCCCCUUGGAUAUGUAAUCUACUUAUUUGUGUUUCACAUAGGUCGGUGUAGGAAUGUGCAUGGAAGGAAUAGAGCACAACCCAGUGGUUUACGAGCUAAUGUCUGAAAUGGCAUUUAGAGAUGAGAAAGUUGAUGUGCAGAAGUGGCUGAAGAGCUAUGCACGCAGAAGAUACAUGAAAGAAAAUCAUCACAUCGAGGCCGCUUGGGAGAUUCUAUAUCACACUGUCUACAAUUGCACUGAUGGAAUUGCAGAUCAUAACACAGAUUUCAUAGUCAAACUUCCGGACUGGGAUCCAUCUAGUUCUGUUCAAGGAGAAACCAAAAAAACAGAUCCAUAUAUGAUCUCCACUGACCCAUAUGAAACAAAAAGAAGAUUCUUGUUUCAAGAUGAUAGCUCUGGUUUGCCUAAGGCACAUUUAUGGUAUUCUACAAAGGAGGUCAUCAAAGCUCUCCAACUUUUCCUGGAAGCUGGGGAUGAUCUGUUUGGGAGCUUAACAUAUAGAUACGACAUGGUUGAUUUGACGCGUCAAGUUUUAUCUAAGCUGGCAAACAAGGUGUACAUUGAAGCAGUGACGGCUUUUGUAAAGAAAGAUAUUGGAAGCUUAAGACGACUGAGUAAGAAGUUUCUUGAGCUUAUUAAGGACAUUGAUGUUUUGCUUGCUUCGGAUGAUAAUUUCCUUCUGGGUACAUGGCUUGAGAGUGCAAAGAAAUUGGCCAGAAACGAUGAUGAACGGAAACAGUAUGAGUGGAACGCGAGAACGCAAGUGACGAUGUGGUACGACUCGAAAGAUGUGAACCAAAGCAAGCUUCAUGAUUAUGCAAACAAGUUCUGGAGUGGGUUGCUUGAAGACUACUACUUACCCCGGGCGAAGUUGUAUUUCAAUGAAUUGCUGAAAAGCUUACGAGAUAAGAAGAAACUUGAGAUAGAGAAAUGGCGAAGAGAAUGGAUAAUGAAGUCACACAAAUGGCAGCAAAGUUCAUCAGAGGUUUAUCAGGUUAAGGCAAAAGGGGACGCCUUAGCGAUUUCAAGGCAUCUGUUGCGUAAGUACUUCACAUGAGUUGCUCAAAAAGAAUGAAAAAAUAAUAACAAAAAAAUAAUGGGUUGGGUGGUGUCUAGCUUCUGCCAGAGAUAAAAUUGUCACUAGUGUAGAUUUGAGAGUUAGGCGUCUGGUGUUUUAGUGUUAGAGACUCGGUGAAGUCGAGUAAAGGCUGUAACAACAAACUCUGCUUCAUCUCUUCCAACAGAGACUUACUUGUGUCCAUACCUGCAAGGUAUCCUCCAUGUACAUAUCCACUGAACUUUUCACUUGUGUGCUCUCCCGUGAAGAAUACCCGUCCAACUGGGGCCUGAGUCUCAAACCAAA